AUGAGCGCCCAUCAAAACCAUAACGACCUUGACGAAUACUUGGAUGUAGAGGGAUACGAGUACUUCUUUGACGACGAAGAUUCGGAUAUUGAAAUGUUUGAGUACUUAUUUGGUGACGAUGAAGAAGAGGAAGCGAGAUCUACAGCCAUCAUUGCAGCGAUCUCACAGAUUGUGAAUGAACCUGGGACCUAUCGAAGUGUUGUAAAUAAUGGCUGUGAAACCACUAUCAUAUAA